AUGAUCGUUAAUUUUUGUUCAUUGAAUAAUUUAAAACAUUUAUGUAUUAGUACAAAACAAUCUUAUAUUAUAGAAAGUAAUGAAUAUUUUCCAUUUGAACAAAUUCAACUCUUUAUUGAUCAAUGUUGUCCAAGACAAACAAUACUUAAAACAGUUAUUCUAAAAUUCGAUUGUAUUAAUUUUUCACAAACUAUGUGGUCAACAAUUGUUCGAUAUAAAACUAUAUUUGAUCAUUUUCAUUUCUAUGCUACAUUCAGAUUGGAAGAUAAAUUAUGGAAAAAUACAAUUAUUUCUUCUCUUGUCAAUCAAUUUGAUUUUUAUAUCGAAGAUGGUGAUCCAUUACAUGCACAGAUUCGUUUUAUACAUGUUUACUCUUUACCGUUUAUCUUCAAUAAACUUCAUGGAUUUAUUUCUUGUGAAGAACUCAGUACUCGUUCGUCAUUUUCAUCAGUUCGUCAUUUAUAUAUCAUACAAACUCGUCUAGCUCGACGCAUCUCAUUUGCAUCAUUGAUAAAUCGAAUGCCUCGUCUAAUGUCGAUUGAUUGUAAUCUUUUCUUUGCUCAUAGUCAUAGAAUGGACAUACCAGAAGUACUUGUAAAUCGAGAUAAUUUCAUUUAUAUUCGUAUUUUUCGUUACGUAUCACAUUGUAUGUAUCGAGAAUGUGAUUGUCAUGAUCUUCUUCCUCAAUUUCUCCAUCUAAUGCCACAUUUACAAGAUCUUACGACGUCGGAAGAAAAUUUUAUCGAUGGUCAACAUUCAUUUCCAACUAUUAAACGACUUGAUUUACGACAGUCUCGAUUCGAAUUAUUCGACAAUUUAAUACGAUAUAUACCACAUUUAUCAAAGAUUUUUCUUGGUGUCAUACCAUCCAAUUCACGAAAUUUGUUUUAUCUUCUCAAAUCUCUAUUUAUUCAAAUGUCUUCACUAGAACUUGUCUCGUUUAACAACAAUGUUCAAUGUAAUGUUAAAGUGAAAUCAUACAAAUCGGCUCAACAAGUUUUAGUUCUAACAAAACGCAUGAAUAAUCGACUUCGGUAUUUAAAAUUAGAUUAUACGUGUGGAAUAGUAGCCUUUUAUUUACAAAAUUUGUAA